AGUGGGUGGCAGCAUCGCGAUGCGUUCACAACAUUUUGCGAAUAAGAAAGCACCUUCCGCUCGCUAGAAAAUAGCUCAGAGUUUGCCAACUCUUUUCGUUUACGUUUUAAAGAGUGACUGAAAGACGUGGCUGGGUUGGCGUGAAUUUAUCAGGUAGUGUUGCUGUUUUACACCUAUUGGGCCUUAAAGAUGAAGAACAAAGGCUCCGAGAAGAGGCGCCAUGUGGUAGCAUGGAUCAACAAAGCCGAGUGGGAUCAGGUCCGGGAAUAUUUGUACUCCCGGGAUACCGCUUUGCAGAAAAAUGCUCUUCAUAGGAUAUCGGCGUGGAAAGCCAGGUAUGCCAACAGCACACCUGUGGCAAUGGACUGCACCGCUGACCUAGUCAGGUGUCAAGUGUUGGACAGGUGCGGGAAGCUGGACACUCAAGACCUGGUUCUGCUUUACGGCGCGGCCCUGGUCAGGUUUACCAACUUGAUCACCGAACGUCAACAAGGCAAAGUCGCCCGUCCAUUGAGGACCCUGGCGGGAAACUUGAACAUCCCAGAGUGGAUCAUCGAUUUAAGGCACGACGUCACUCACCGUAAACUCCCUACCUUGAAACAGUGCAGAAAGGGAUGCGAGGUGGUCCUGGAGUGGCUCCAGCAGGAGUAUUGGUCCAGACAGCUGGGAGGUGGUCUAAGCGAGGACUGGGAGUCGGACGAGGAGGUGGACCAGAAACGAAAUGAAGAGGAGCUCAUUGCGAGGCAAAAAGAAAUGGACGCUUACAAGACUGGAAGGGAGCUUCUGAUAUCGUAUGAACAGGAGCAGUAUGUGGUUUACGGCCAGUUAAAUGACGAAAAAGAUAAGAACUCCUGGCCGGACCCUUUGGCCGACAUGAGCUGGAUACUUGGCGAGAUCAAACAGUUCUCUGUGGAAUCGAGUGAUCUGUUGAUCGACGUCCUGUUAGAAGACGGCUUCCUGAUUCCCACACCUGAGCAACUCUCGUCGAUAGGCUGCGACACCUCUGAAAACGUCUGCUUGUCACCCGCUCAGCCCCAACUCCCUCAAGGUUUCCUGCGUUUUUGGCUCCCCCUCCUGCACGUACUCAACUCCCCGUCGUUUAUCCAUCUCUUUCUGGAGAAGCUCUUCGCGGAGCUGAAGCUGCUCUCCGCGGAGCCGAACAAACACAGGGUGUGCUACGUUUCCGCCUGGAUCUCGGAAGUCAUGCUCUGCAACAGCACCAGGUGUGACUACCACUACGAAACAAAAGUGCAGAAGAAGGCCAGAAUGAAGGAGAGGAUAUUUGUCAACCGCAUCCAGUUCAGGUGGCAGCAGCUGCUGUCCGCCUGUUUGGAUGCUCCAUGCGUCAGCACAUCCCACCUGCUCUCCUUGAUCCUGGAGGACAUGGAGCAUCCGCUUCCUCUGGAAACCCAGCAGAGGCUUCUGCAGCUGUGCACCAUUUACACUCGGGAGGAACACUCCGACCCGGACUCGGAACGCGCCCAACAGCCUAUUUACACACUGGAGAGCUUGCAUGAGAAGAUAGAGCGCUCCAAGCGUCACGGCCGUUCAUCCGCGCUUGAAUUUGAAAGGAGCAACUCCUCACAGGAGAAUAAAUCGUCAGGUGUUGAUGCUGAGAAAGCAAAGAUCCUCCGAGGUUCUUCCUGGCAGGUGUGCUCCGAUAAGGUUUUGUGGAAGAACUACCCCCUCGGCAAAGUCCCUGGCCAGUCUGAUGACCCGUCAUGCCUCCUGUUGGACAGUUACACGCCCAUGACCGUGUUGGAUCAGCCGGUGGAGAUGGAGAGCAGCACACAGCACAAGAUGUCUGUACCCCCUGCUGGCGCAAAGAAGACAGAAGGGUCUCUUUGGAGUAACGGGGACCUAGAAAAACUCAAAUGCGGACUACAGCUUUUUUGAGUCUCUAUUAAAUGUACAAAUAUAUGAAAAAAAGAACUGUUUUGGGGACAAAACAAGUUUUUUUGUAAACCGUAGACACAAUCCACCAAAUCUUACUAGUAAUUAUGUACAUUAAGAGUGAAAAUAAUUUUAACAAUUGCCAUUACUAAAAUUAAGAUCCACGUUUCAUUUAUUUGCAUGUUGAACAAUGACAAAAUGUCUGCUAGCAAGUGCUUGUACCCUCUCAUUCUGAAUAAAACUUCUGCAUAAA